CUUUGGCUCCAGAGAAAACACUGCUGACCAGGGGAACAUCUAGGGAUGGGACCAAUACAAGUUCUUGAAAGUGUUUUCAUGCUGCAAAUUCAUGCUAUACGAUACAGGAUAUUAAUACAAAACAUUUUUGAAGUAAAUGUUUUAUGCAUCUUAAUUGUUUAAAUUUGUUCUUAAAUCUUAAUCAGAUAAGUGCUUCAUUCGGCAAAGAAACAUACCUGGGGAUACUUGAUUGAGAGAACUGCAACUACAGCCUUAACUUCCUGGGGCAUAUUGGUCUUACCAGGCUGGUUCUCCAGUGUACCAACCCUGGUGUCUGAGGGAUCUACCCUGAUCGGGAGGGGAUGAGCUGGGCAGAGGAGGACUGGACGGUGGGCCUGCCUGGCCGGGCCUUGCAGAAGGUCAAGGAGCUGCAGGUCCAGCAGGAGAGGCUGAACAGAGAGAGACAGCAGAAACAGCUGCAGCUGGACAGCACGCAGACCUCCCUCAACAAACAGACUGUCAAGUAUGAGGAGGUGCGCGGGGAGCUGCAGUGUGUACAGAGGGAGUUACAGGGGGCUCGUGAGGAGGUGCAGGCAGGUGUCUGUGUGCGGGAGCGUCUCUCUCAGGAUCUCCAAGUGAAACAGACCCAGGUGUGAUCACUGGAGGGACAGCUGGGCUCGGCACGAACCCUCACACACACCCUCGAAAAGAAGGU